AUGAUUUUAUUAGCAUUUGGAAUGACGGGAGAAAUGAUUUACUCUGUGGCUGGACUACUUGGAUUAACUGGUGAUCCAAAUUGGCAGCCAUUAACCAUUAUACUUUUAGCUGUACACGUAACUAGAAUUAUUGAGGUUGCCUUACAAAGCUGUUUAAUUUAUAUUGCCGGAAAACUUCGUGUUGGUAAUGACCCCAUUUUGCGUGAAAGACAACCAGGAAAACAAGCAAUAACAUUUUUACUGCUAGCAAAUAUUUCAAUGUUUCUUAUGAAUUUAUUAGAAGCUGAGAAGGCUGGGGUUAGUGAAACUGUUGUUAAUUUUUAUGGAAAAAGGAGUUGGGUAUUCCUUGUUCGUUCUUUUUCACCUCUAACAAUUUUUUAUCGUUUCCAUAGUUCUGUUUGUUUAGCAGAAGUUUGGAAGACGACAUAUUCUUGGAAAGAAUAA